UGGUCUACAGGCUAGCCACUUGGUCAGUUGAACAUUUUCCAUGCUGUGAUCAAGUUGUCUUUUCCUUUGAGCGCCGAGCGCUGUGCACGCCUGGGACUUGGAACGUUUCGAAAUCGGGCUGACAGUCAUUUAGAAAGUAUUCGAGAAAAUAUUCGAAAGUUAAAGCGCUAAAUAUAUGUUUAGAAUUCCCGACUUAAGCCACCAGUUUAGUGUGUGUACUCUCGAGCAGCAAGUGCGUGAAUCGGUGGCGGCCAAGUGCAAAUGCAAACAAACCAAAUAUACAAGACACAAAAAUGUUGAAACGACGGACUGACUUACAUGCAUUUUAUUAGUAAAUAACAAAUACAACCGAAUAAAACCAAAACAAAAAACCCAAUAUCAUUACAACCGAAAACACCAACGGAAAAAAACAGCCGCAAACAUUUUUGUAAAACAAAUGAUUAAAAAGGUUUCGCCAGCAAAGGAAAACAAACAAAAACCAAUAAGCGCAUGGAAAUCGAAUGCUGAAAAUCGCCCAUAAAACGCAUAAAUAAAUAAACUAUGCUCAAACGAAAUUAAUUAAAAAAGAAUGGAAAAUCAAAUCAGGCAAGAUAAUUAAAACAGUAAGCGCGCACACGGCAAAUAAGGCAACGGCAAUAUCCUGCCGCAAAAAUUGAAAAUAUCCUGUAAGACGGCUGGGAAAAAGGACGAGCCCCACGAACAGAAAGGAAAAUGAGGUCGACGAAGGCGAACCCAAAGGCCGGAGUGGAUCCCAAAAUUUUGUGCUUUUGUAUUUGCCAAUUUUAAUGAGUGUAGCAAGCAAACCAAGCAAGAAAAACAAAAACCAAAUCCAAAAAACAGAAAUAGAAACAGAAACCUAAAACUUUAGCAAACAACAAAAAACACCACAACAACCACAUCAAUAACAGAGCAUUUUGUACAACAAGCACAACAAAAGCUUGAAAAGUCCCACCAUUAUCAUCAUCAACAACAAUAACAACAACAACAAAGACUCAUUUGAAUUGCAACAAAUAAUAGACAACAAGAACAACAACCAGCACGUACACUAUGUGACAAUAAGACAGUGUGGCCAGUAGCAGCUAGAAAGCAAAAAGCCAAAGAGGAAUUUAAUUGCACGCACUAGACGAGAAGUAGCCAUAAAAGAGCCAGCAGAAACAGCCAAAAAUAAAGCCAAAAAAAGCCAAAAACACCAAAAACAACCAGAACACCGAAACAGUGAUAAAAAUCGAGAACGAGCGCACAAGCAGAGAGAAAUCCGAGAACGCAGCCGAGAAAGCAGAAGUUAUAUAAUAUCAAUUUAAGCGUACUUUUCCAACUUGUUUCCUCUCUUGUUGUCGAAUGUCCUUGCACCGCCUUUAAACUCUCGCUCUGUGUGUGUGCAUCCCGUUCACAUAUGUGUGUGUGUCUCCCGCCCCAUCAGCCACCUUCCCCCACAUCCGUUCCACGAUCGGUGUCCGUGUUUGUCGUGUAGCACCACCACCACCUAGAGCAAUCCAGCACCACCAAACCAGCAAUAAAGAGCACCCUCACAAGUAUAAAUAAGAUCAAAACCGCAGCAACCACAAUAUAUACCACCUGCAACACCUGCAAUCGCAAUAGCAAUAGCAAUCGACUUGGCGGUGCAACCACCCUAAGAGCUAGCUGAACCACCGACCUCUGGGGCUGACAGACAGGUCAGAGUGAAGUACCCACUAGCCAACCCAAAUAGCCUCCUGGUUCCUGGUAGCUCCCGAUAGCUCCCCCGAUUGAUCCACUCCAAUUAACCACAUACCAGCACCACAAUUGCACAUUACUACCAUAGAUACCCCCGGCAGUACUACUACCGCAUGGAGCGCGGCACCAGCGGUGGUCAGCAGCAGCAGCACCAGCAGCAGCAGCAGUCAUCGCACCACCACCACCAGCAGCAGCAGUCGUCGCACCACCAGCAGCAACACGCGCACCACCAGCAGCAGCGACACCACCAGCAUGUCGUCGCCGUGCACAGCUUCGAUCCGUAUCUGACUGUCGGCGGGGCGGACGAGGAGCACACGUCCGGCACCUCGUCCUUUGACAAUCCCGCCACCAAAAAGAAGCCGCCCAAGCUGAAGCCCAUCCACCGAUCCCUGUCCAUGGCCAUCGAUAAUUAUGCACCGUCUUCCGGGGAUCUCGACAUGGAUUUGGACAUGGAAAUGGGCAUGGAGAUGGGCAUGGACAUGGACCUGGACAUGGAGAUGGACCUGGAGGGCGAGGGCAUCAUCAUCAGUGAGAAGCCGCUGAUCCACCGCUCGGCCUCGCCCCUGCCCCAUCCCCGAUCCGGAGCCCUACCCCCGCAGACCCUAGCUAUCCCAGCACAACAGCAACAGCAACAUAUUCUAUCCCAUCCCAGCCAGCGUGGCGGAGGUGGUGGCACCGGCAGUGGUGCCGUUUCCCCAGCCCUUUCUGCCCGCCAGCAACACCAUCACCUCCUCCAACAACAACAACAACAACAACACCACCAGCAACAACAACACCAACAACAACAACAGCAACAUCAGUUGCACUUGCACACUUUUCAGCAACUUGCCGCACAGGCAGCUGCUGCACGGCAUCAGACAACCCACCAGCAGCAUUCACUAUCGCACCGCCAACAUCCGCAACAACAUACGCAUCCACAUCAACAGCUUCAACAUCCGCAUCCGCAUCAGCAUGCGCACUCGAAGAGCUCACCAACCUCACACGCGGUUAGCCCGGUGCUGGGCCAACAGCACCGCCAGCAACCGGACAUUUACCUGGUCAGCAGCAGCAGCAGCCUGGGCGAUGGUGUCGGUGUGGGCAGCUUGGGCGUGGGCAUGGGCAUGGGCAUGGGGCGAUCGUUGGGCGGGAGCACAUCGCCCAUUCAGUUCAUCGACAUGGACGAUAUGCCCAAUCCGACGGUGGCCCCGCAUCAGCGCCCAAUGCAUCCGCUGAAGAAGAACUUGUUCCGGCGAUCCGACACCAUUGACGUCCAUCCGUCUACCAAUUUUCAGAUGAAGAAAACGCAUUCCUUCCACGCGCAACAGGAUCCCGCCGCCCUGGACCAAAUCCAGCUGGCCGUAGCAGCCGGCUCGGCGACCUCCAGUCGUCGCACCAGUUCGGUGAGGGGCAACUUCCUAAUGCCCGGUCCAUCGGCCGGCGCCAAAGAGAUAUCCCGCUCACCGUCGCCCAGCCGACGGGGCUGUCGCUCCCACCGAUCGUUCAACGAUCCCGGUCGGAGGCCCAGCGUGAAGCCGGACUCGGUGGUGGAAUCGCAGAUACGACAUCCCUCGCUGAACGAUGACCUCAUGGAGCCGAUGAACGGUCGGAAUCUCUUUGCGGCACCCACCAAUCUGUCGCUAGAGAAUGAGCUGUUCGUGGACACGCGUUCGCGCAGCAACAGUCACACCAAGAUGGAGGAGCUUGGUCUGGCGGAGAUCACCGCCGCUGCCGUGGCCGUGCAGCGAUUGCGCAAGAGCUCCGGAGCAGGAUCCUUUGAGGAUGCAACCGCCGGCCACAGUGCCACCCACCCGCCUUCAGCAGCAAAUAGCAUCAAGCAGAAGCGGGACUCACACCACCCACACACCCGCCAAGUUAGCACUCACAGUUUGGAGCUAGACGGACGACCAUCGACCUCUGCGGCAGCGGCAGCCGCAGCAGCGGGCGGACAUGGCCUGCAGCUCCACAGUGCGGCGGCGGCGGCCAGUGCAGCGUACCACUUUAAGCGGGGCGCUCAGCACGGACGGUCGCUCUACCUGUCGCCCAGCAAUCUGGAGGAGCUAGCCGUCCACCGGCCAGGUGUUCUGGCUGCAGCAGCGGCUUUCCAGGGCACAAACGCCAGUGCCAGUGUUAAGCAGGCCAAGGCCCUUCACAGCGCCAGCGUACGACUCCGCAGCUAUCGGGAGACACUGAGCGCCUCCAAGAAGUCCAAGAGCUUCAUCGGAGACGCCAGUGCUGGCAGCGGUCCGCAGGCGGGCGACGACUUCGAGCUGAGCUCGCCCCACCGACGCAACAGUCGCCCGCUAUCCACAGUUGUGCCUGGGUCCAGCAUCGAGGAAAUCAAGAGGAGUCCUCGACCCAUUUCCGCUUCGGCCGCGGCGGCUGCCUUCUUGGAGGAGAAGCGACCCAGCUUCGAGAGGAAAUCCUCGCUGACGUACGACCACGAGCUGAGCGAUGCCGCCUUUGCGGCCCAGGUGCUGAGGCCCUUCCACCACAAACUGGCUGCCGGAAGGAAGGGGUCCGUGACCGGAGGCUCGCACAAACUGAAGAAGAAGUCGCUGAGCGAUGACACCGACGAGGAUGAGGCGGCGGAUCGCAAGCGCAAGCGGAUCGUCUGCAUUGUCCUGUCCACGGUCCUGUUGUGCCUGGUGUGCGCCAGCGUUUUUGUGCUGACCAUCACGCUGACCUCCAGCUCCGGCCAGGGCGGAAAGAAGGCGCAUUCGUUCAGCAGGGACACCCCCGUCCACUGGACGGGCAUGCGGCCCUCAUGAACUCCAACGCAGAGGCUGUGCUUCGGCCAAUUCACCAACCUGCCAGCUGGUUAUCCCCUGACUUUGGACUCGAUUUCGUUAACGUUUGCGUUUUCGCUUCCGCUUCGAUUCCGUGCUGUCGUUCCGCUCUACGUUUUGUUUCCUCUGAGUCUCCGGGUCUCUGGUGGCCCCGAAUUGUCCAACUGACGUUUAAAGACUGCGGGAAAGAAGCAACUAGAGGAGAGGCAGCGACAACUAUCGAAGAGUCUUGCGACAGGAGAACGAGCGCAACUUCCGCGAGAAUCUGGAGCGCACCUGGAUGAUGAAGAACCGCACCGAGCUGAAUCUG